CACGGCCCCGAUCCGGCUUGAGGCAAGGCCGCGAGGAUUCGCCUUCACGUUAUUGGAACGCAGUCUUCUUCUUCCACCGAGCGACGCAACAACACCAUGGCCAGUGAGGGACCAAACCCCUAUACCCAUUUGCUAUCUGAAGUCAAGAUAGGGGACAAGACAUACAAGUAUUAUGAUCUCACUGCCCUGAAGGAUACUCGCUAUGAGCGCUUGCCAUUCAGCAUAAGGGUGCUUCUGGAGUCUGCUAUACGUAACUGUGAUAACUUCCAGGUGAAGGAAAAUGAUGUUGAAAGUAUCCUUAACUGGGAGAAGAAUCAGACUGACCCAAAGGGUGUGGAGGUCCCUUUCCGUCCAUCAAGAGUCAUCCUGCAGGAUUUCACAGGUGUCCCAGCCGUAGUGGACUUUGCAGCCAUGCGUGAUGCAGUGAAGAAGCUUGGUGGAGACCCUGAGAACAUCAAUCCCAUCUGUCCUGCUGACCUUGUCAUUGAUCACUCUGUUCAAGUGGAGUUUUCUAGGACACGUACUGGGGACGACCCUGGUGGAGGGGGCAGUCUGGCUGGACAGUCUUGUGGCCGUUGCGUGAACUAUGGCCAGCCAGGAUGUAUCUCUUCUGCUCAAAGGGGCAUGCGGACAAGUUCACGCCUUAAUUCCAGACUUCAACGAGCACGUGGGUCAAGUGCUCAUAUUUCAAGGUCUCAUCCAGCUUCUCCUAUGGUGACAUCUAGAGCAACAAGCCCAACAGUCUAUUCUCCUCCCCCACCAAACUUAAAUCAGCAGUCUCUACAGCAACCAAUAUACUUAGUGCCAACCAGUCCUCCAGUGAAUGGAACAGUUGUGGUUGGUGUCCAACAGCCUUGGGCAUUCCAGCCUGCCACUUCCACAGAACCCAACCAGCUUCCAACUAUGGUGACUAAUUUAACAUUAGGAGAUAGUGUAGGAGGAAUGGCAAAUUAUCAGUGUCAGCCUGUACAGUAUACUGCCAUGGUACCAAGCUAUCAGCCCCCUCUCUAUCCUACACCACAUCCAGCUCAAAUAGGCUUACCUCAACAUCAUUCUUAUUAUACUGGUUCACCUUAUAUACAGUACCAUGGCAGUAAUUCUGGCAGCAGACCUACAACCCCAGAACCUCGACAGCUGUCUGACCUAGAAAAGGUUCAAACCAUGGACUUGGAAGAUAUUUCACUUAGACCUCGAUGGUCCCAAAGGUCACGGCAAAUGCCAUCAACCCGAAGAAGACCCGGAGGCAGUGAAGACCCUGCCAGCAUGUCUGAUACUUCCAGUACCAAGAGUGAUGCAUCUCAAACCCCUUCAUUAAGAUUGUCUAUGUCAUCCCUGCCCUCUCCUCUGGAUGUCCCAGGGAUACCCAUUCAGGAUGAAGUUUGUCCUUUCCAUGAACGGCAGUCUGAAUGGUCCAAUGCUCUGCAGAAGAACCAGGAGUUGGAGUUUGAGCGAAAUCGUGAACGCUUUGUCUUCCUGAAGUGGGGAGCACAAGCUCUCCGGAACAUGCUGAUUGUGCCUCCAGGAUCGGGCAUUGUCCAUCAGGUAAACUUGGAGUAUCUAGCAAGAGUUGUGUUUGAGGAGAAUGAGAUUUUGUUCCCCGACUCCCUGGUGGGGACAGACUCGCACACAACCAUGAUUAAUGGCUUGGGGGUUGUUGGCUGGGGUGUUGGAGGAAUUGAAGCAGAGGCUGUGAUGCUUGGCCAGGCAGUGUCCAUGGUCCUCCCAAAAGUCGUAGGCUACCGCAUCACUGGAAAUCUUUCUCCUCUUGCCACCUCUACUGAUGUGGUUCUAACAAUCACCAAGCAUCUGAGGCAGGUUGGCGUUGUUGGGAAAUUCGUGGAGUUCUACGGGCCAGGCGUGCAGCAGCUGUCAUUGGCCGACCGCGCCACCAUCUCCAACAUGUGCCCAGAGUACGGCGCCACCAUCGGCUUCUUCCCGGUCGACACCACAACCAUUGCUUAUCUGAGACAGAGCAACCGCGACGAAGCCAAGAUCGCACAAAUCGAAGCAUACCUCAAGGCGGUCCGGAUGUUCCGCGACUUCUCGGAUGCCUCUCAGGAUCCAAUCUUCAGCGAGAAAGUGGAGUUGGACCUGGCGGAUGUCGUUCCCUCGGUGUCAGGCCCCAAACGACCUCACGACAGAGUAGCUGUCUCGGCCAUGCGAGACGAUUUUCUCCAGUGCCUUGGAAAUAAGGUUGGUUUUAAGGGUUUUGGAAUUCCUGGUGAUCAGCAUGAAAAAACUGUUCCAUUUGUGUAUGAAGGGAAGGAGUACACCCUGAAGCAUGGAUCGGUGGUUAUUGCUGCCAUUACAUCUUGCACCAACACUAGCAAUCCCUCUGUGAUGCUUGGAGCAGGCCUGUUAGCAAAGAAUGCUGUUGAGGCGGGAUUGAAUGUAGUCCCCUACAUCAAAACAUCCCUGUCUCCUGGGUCAGGUGUAGUCACCCACUACCUGCAACAUUCAGGGGUUACACCUUACCUGCAGAAGUUGGGCUUUGAUAUUGUAGGCUAUGGUUGCAUGACUUGUAUUGGCAACUCUGGUCCCAUUCCUGAACCUAUUGUAGAAGCCAUUGAAAAGAAUGACCUUGUUUGCUGUGGAGUUCUCUCUGGAAACCGUAACUUUGAGGGUCGUAUCCACCCAAAUACUCGAGCCAAUUACCUAGCAUCGCCACUCCUUGUCAUUGCCUAUGCCCUUGCUGGACGGGUUGACAUUGACUUUGAAAAGGAGCCCCUUGGUCAUAAUGAUGCUGGAGAGGCAGUGUUCCUCCGUGACAUUUGGCCCUCAAGAGAAACCAUUCAGGCAGUAGAACAAAAGCAUGUAGUGCCAGCCAUGUUUAAGGAUGUCUAUGCACGCAUCACAACUGGCAAUGAACGCUGGAACAAGUUAGAAGCUCCACAGGGUAAACUGUACCCAUGGGAUUCAAGCUCAACUUAUAUCAAGAGCCCACCAUUCUUUGAAGGCAUGACCAAGGAUGUGCCAACUGUGUCUGGAAUAAUAGAUGCUCAUGUAUUGCUCAACUUGGGUGACUCUGUGACCACAGACCACAUAUCGCCAGCUGGCUCAAUUGCACGAAACUCCCCUGCAGCACGAUUUCUAGCAGCAAGAGGCCUUACACCUCGUGAAUUCAACUCCUACGGAUCCCGCCGUGGAAAUGAUGCUGUAAUGGCUCGUGGAACAUUUGCCAACAUCCGACUUGUAAACAAGUUCAUUGGCAAGGCUGGACCCAGAACCAUUCAUAUUCCUUCUGGAGAGGAGUUGGAUGUGUUUGAUGCCAGUGAGCGUUACAAGGAGGAGGGGCGACCUGUGAUCAUUCUGGCAGGGAAGGAGUAUGGUUCAGGAUCCUCAAGAGACUGGGCAGCCAAAGGACCAUUCCUUCUGGGUGUUCGUGCUGUGAUUGCUGAGUCAUACGAGCGUAUUCACCGCAGCAACCUUGUGGGUAUGGGUAUUAUUCCCAUGCAGUACAUGGAGGGACAAAAUGCCACAACAAUUGGUCUAACAGGAAAAGAAACAUUCACCAUUAACUUACCAGAAGAACUGACCACUGGCAUGAUUGUCACUGUGCAGGUGAGCGGUGGCAGUUCCUUUGAUGCACUGGUGCGCUUUGAUACUGAAGUGGAGCUGGCUUACUUCAAGCAUGGUGGCAUCCUUAACUAUAUGAUCCGCAAGAUGUGCCAGUGAAGCUCAUGAGUGGGCAAGAAUGAAUACAUUGAUUGUUUAUAUGGUUAUGGGGAGUAAUAAUGUUUUGUUGAAUAUAUUACCAGAUUGGUUCUGAUGCAAAUUGAAUUACAUGCAUUCCCUGAUGGAAUGCUUCUGUUUAUUCUUAUGAGUGGUGUAUAUUACAAGUGAAGUGAUAUUGACAGUGAUGAUGAUGACGAUGAUUAUAAUUUACUUGUGGCUAUAUAACUGUACAAAAGUUAGACUUUAUAGUACAUUAAAGUUAAUCAUCUUAUUUGUUGAUUUUAUAUGUGAGAUUGGUUUACAAGCAUAGCAUUUCUCAUAUCGGAAUUAAGUUCUCCACUGAAAUGGCAAUCCGAAUAUCAUAAGAGGCAGCAGGCCUUGAAGAUGCUCGUUCUUUCUGUCAAACAAUGCAAAGCUCUUUUCCUCUUUCACUCUAUCCUCCUCCUGUUGCCACUAUUCAUGGCUUCCAGCUGGUCCUCAGGGAAUUUCGAGAUAUUUAAGAGGGUAAUGGGCCAGUGCCAUCCAUGGCUAUAACACUCAGAAUUGUUUGCAGUAGUACAAAGGCUGUUCAGGUUUAUUUCCAUGAACUUCUUUUUUUUCUUUGUUUUACUUACUUUUUAAUUAUUUUUAUUUUUAUUUUUUUAUUUUCAUUAUUAUUAUUUUUGUCACAGACUACUAAAAUCAUAAGUAUCAAACGGUUAUUAUGCACAAUUUUUGUAAUGUCAAUCAGUACUUGUCAUCAUCAUUACUGUAUAUUUGCCUUGUCAGAGGUUUCAACCUGCUAUUAAAAUCUAGAAGGUUCUCCGAUGUGGUAAAAUGACUAUCUUACAAUCAUUUAUUUCAAGGAUAUUCAGGAUAAAGCGUUGGCACAAGUUUUAUUUAUUUUUAUUUUUUCAUUUUUGUUUUAAUGAUUUUACCUUUACAAUUAUUUUUGUUAUAUAUAUUUUUGCUAUAUAUUCCAUGAUUACUUGUUAAUUUGUAACAUAUUUUCCUAUACUGGACUUUAAAAUAUAGCUAAUAUAUAUAAUACUUUUAUAAAUUUCUGACUGCAUAAAUUUCAGAUGUUCAUUGACAUUCUGAUAUUCAAUUACAGUAUCAAAGACAGGUAUUCAUUCCAGUAUUGUGUGAGCGAUGUGUGUGUGCUGUAUAGCUCAGCAGUGUAAUUUUGUAAAAGUUUUGCAACUGUGAUGCUCCUAAAACACUUGUGCUUUAUAAGAACAUUUGUCACAGUUCCAUGAAGUGUUGUAUUGACUGAUAUCUGUAAAAUUUGAAUGGCAAUAACCUAAUUAUUUUAACCAUAUUUUACAAGACAAAAAUGUAAUUAAUUGGUAGUAAAAUGUUAACCAAAAAGUAGUGAAUUGCUCUUGGAAAAAAGUAUAAUUGUUGGGUAAUAUGAAAUUAUAUCUGUACAUGUGAAUGUCCCCGUGAUGUAGAUAUGCAAUAUUUAAUUGUUAUCUAGAACUUGUGGGUUUGUAGAGAAGCUCAAAUAAAGAAUGAUACUUAA